GUGCCCUGAGAAUCAGGGGAAUCCGGGAGGGGAGUGUCAGUUGCCAUUAAAAUCUGUCUCGAGCCCUGAUGAAGAGCCUCUGGUGCCGGUUAAUGUAGCCGGUAAACCUAUGAACAUGAUGGCUGACUCCGGAGCUGCUUACACGUGUGUAAGCAACGCUGAUGCUGACCACCUCCCAAGAUCUGGACAAUAUGUGCGGAUCGUUGGAUUCUCAGGGACAAAGCAGCUGAUUCCCCGAUCUGACCCGAUUCCAUUGCAGUUCCGAGGAAAAACAGUGGAACUGCCUGUAUUAAUUUCAGAUCAAACACCUGUGAACUUACUUGGACGAGACGCUUUAUGUAAACUAGGCUGUGCCAUUUUGUGUACACCAGAUGGAGUGAUUGUCGACACAGCACAGUGUCAAAUGACUGUGAAAAAAGACGAAGAAAUGGUGUACUGGCUUGGAGACAUCGAUGAGACAUUCAUGGACGCAGCUGAAAAAUGGAUGGACUUUAUCAAAGCUAACAUGCCAGAAGCGUCCCGCCCUGCGUGUCCUCCUCAUUGCACACUUCAGUAUUUUAAAACAGAAUCUGAGGCCCAACCAGCUGAGUGGAUAGCACAACAGCCAAAGAAAAUUCCCAUCCAGUCGGCUUCUAUUGUCCUGGGAAGACAGGGAGCAGCUAUGACGGUAGAAAAAGGCGAGUAUUUAGACCAGGAAUUCAAAUUAACAAACAGCAAGCCGCAUGUUUCUCUCUUAGUAAAUCCAGGGUACGAGCCAAAGCAUUUGGGACAGAUGAUCGUGGAAUCGAAGCAGGUUAAGUUUAGGCCCACUGAAAAUAGCAACAUUUGGGUGAGUGAAGAUGAUUUGUUCUUAAAAAUAGCUAUUUCUGCUGAGGGUUGGGCUUCCCCACAAGUCAUCAGCCUUCCUUGUCAGACUGUGUUUUGUCAUCAACAUUCUGAGUUACAGAAGGAGAUGGUGGAACGAGUACCCGAGAAGCUCUGGUCCAAACAUGACGCUGAUGUGGGCUUAAUUAAGUCCGCACAGCCAGUGGAGGUGCACCUGAAACCCGGUUGCAAACCUCCCUGGAAGUCACAAUAUCCAUUACAACCUGAAGCUGAGGCUGGAAUUCAGCCAACCAUCCAAGGUCUGUUGGAUGCAGGUGUACUUGUGGAGGAACCGAACCCAAGUGGUAACACACCCAUAUACCCUAUCAAAAAGGCGGACAGGGAAAGGUUUAGGCUAGUGCAUGACCUUAGAGCGUUAAAUGAAGUAGUUGAAGAUUAUCCAUCUGAAGUGCCGAAUCCACACACGUUGUUGUCCAAUGUUCCACCAGAUGCAAAGUGGUUUACUGUGGUUGAUUUGUGUUCUGCAUUUUUCAGCGUGCCAGUGAGUGAAUACAGCAGACAUCUUUUUGCCUUCACUUACAGAGGACAGUCUUACACAUACACUAGGUUGCCACAGGGAUUCAAGCACAGUCCACACUUAUUUAACAAAGUGUUAAAGGAGGACAUGGAAGAUUUAGCCGGUAAGAUAAAAAGCACUGUCCUCCAGUACGUUGAUGAUAUCAUCCUCUGCGCACCUGACCUAGAAACGUGCCAUGAAGAUUCUAUCACCUUAUUGACCUUAUUAGCUGAAAGGGGUCAUAAAGCUUCACUCAAGAAACUGCAGUACUGUAAAGAUCGUGUAGAGUAUUUGGGGAGAGUGAUUGCGGAGGGGACCAGGUCAGUGUCUCCAGAUCAACUGAAAGCUGUGUCUCAAGCACCCAAGCCGACCACAGUCCGAGAGAUGUUGACAUUUUUGGGACUGACAGGAUACAGCUCGGAGUGGAUUGACGGUUACUCUUCCAUUGUCCAGCCGCUACGAAACAUGGGUCAUGCAUGCGGAGUGUUGGCACAGAGGACUGGAGUUGGAACGCACGCUCAGCCGAUAGCAUACUACUCCGUGGCCCUGACUCCAGUGGAGCUAGGUUUGCCAACUUGUUACCAGCAUUUAGCUGCGGCUCAUCUGAUGUAUGAGAAAGCUUCAGCUUUGAGCAUGGGUUAUCCGAUAGACAUCUUGUCUCAUCACAAGCUCGCAAAUUUGAUUGAAAGAGGUAAGUUUGUGCUAACUGCACCACGCCUCAGUGAUUACCACCGACUCCUGGAAUAUCCAGAUGUGACGAUGCGUAUCUGUAAGGUAAAGAAUCCGGCAGAUGCGGUUCCUUUGCCCCAUGAGGGGGAAGAACAUGAAUGUGUAGCUGAAGCAGAGAGAUAUGCUAAGCUACGUUCUGAUUUGAGUGCUGUUCCCUUACAAAAGGUGGAUUUGACCUUGUUUGUGGAUGGAUCAUGCUACAGGCAUGGUCAGGAUCUUAAAGCAGGGUUCGCAGUGGUGCAAGAGAAGAACGGGAGCAUGGAGGUGAUGAUCGCCCAAGAGUGCUCUCAACCUUGCUCGGCCCAACUUGCAGAACUGAAAGCGCUGACAGCUGCUUGUGAGUUAGCAGCAGGUAAGCGAGCCAAUAUAUACACAGACUCAGCAUUUGCCCAUGGUGUGUGUCAUUUGUUUGGAGCAACCUGGAGAGGCAGAGGCUUCAAGAAGACUGAUGGGUCACCUGUGACACAUGGUGAGCAAAUAAAACAGUUGCUUUUAGCUAUGAUGAAGCCAACAGCUCUGGCUAUCAUCAAGUGUGUAGCUCAUAAACAUGAUACUUCUCUGAUUACUCAGGGGAAUGCAGCUGCAGACCAGGCAGCUAAGACUGCAGCGAAUGCUGAAGCUACGGCUAUUUUAGCAGUUUAUGCUGCAUAUGAUGAAGAUCAAAUAACCUCCAAAGAUUUGUCUUUGUUGCAGAAAGAGGUACCAGAGGCUGAGAGGCAGCUCUGGGUCGAGAGAGGAGCCGUUCAAGGUGAUGACGGCUUAUGGAGGAACCACGAGGGACUGUUAAUAGCCCCGAGUGGACUGUUGUCAUUGCUGAUAAAUGAAGCACACGGUUUGAGCCAUGAGUCCAGAGGUGAGGUUGUGAGACGAAUCAAGAAGUGGAACUUUUGGGCUCCCAAGCUUUAUCAGUAUGUUGAUGAGACCAUAAGUCGGUGUGAAACGUGUCUUAAAUGUAACAUCAGGCGGGGUAUGGUACCCCCAGCGGGACACCUACCAAUUCCUGAUGGCCCUUUUAAACAUCUCACCCUAGAUUUUGUAGACAUGGUACGGCCAGUACAAGGUAAGCGUUACCUUUUGGUUGUGAUUGAUCGUUUCAGCCGUUGGGUUGAGGCAACCCCCGCGAAGCACAAAACCGCCGAGACAGUAGCGAAAUUUCUGUGUCGGGAAGUUAUCCCAAGAUUUGGCAUUCCCUUAAAAAUCAGUUCAGACAACGGGAAAGAAUUCGUAGAUAAAACUGUAAAGUGUGUUUUGCAGAAACUCGGAGUAAAGCAGAGGUAUGGCAGUGUUUACUGUCCGACCUCACAGUCUGAUGUUGAGAGAUGCAAUGGGAUUCUAAAAAACAAAUUGCUGAAAAUCUGCAUGUCCACAGGUUUAAACUGGAUCGACGCUUUGCCUCUUGCUCUCAUGGCGUGUAGAGCAAGUGCUCACAGGACAUUAAAACUAACACCGCAUGAAGCUUUGCUAGGUCGACCAAUGCCGGUGCCAGCUUAUCGAGCGGUGAAGGGUCCAUCCCUGGACAUUCUAACAAGCGACAUGAGGGCGUAUGUGAAGCAAAUGACUAAUAUACACAGGAGUAUUUCCUCCCGUGUUGUGUCUUUACAGGCAAAGGAGAUUCUGGAGGAGCCAGAACCGAAAGUGAAACCAGGAGAUCUGGUGUACGUCAAAGUGUUCAGGAGAAAGUGGGACCACGCCAGACGAGAAGGUCCCUACACGGUGGUCAAAGCAACUGCAAGAGCGGUUCAAGUUCAAGGAUCCCCCACCUGGUACCACCUGAAUCACUGUGUUAAAGUACCUGAGGGGGAAAUAGGGAAAGGAGCCAAAGAAGAACGAGAUGAAGGAGGGAAAGACAAAAGGAGGGAUCUUAUUCCUCCUGUUUCUUGUAGUGACGUUGGACGGGAUGCAGAUGCCCCGCCAUCCAGGGUUCUCCGGAGACGGAAAACCAUUGAGAAAGGAGAAAGGAAAGAGGAGAGUUAA